AUGAAGUUCAUUUUCUUCUACAUCCUUAUUUCCAUUGCUGCAAAAUCAUCCCAGGCAGAUUUAAUUCCCAACGAAAUCCACCCUCUGCAGCCGAAAACGGGGUCCUCGGGGAGCCAUGUACCUCAAAUCAACUGCCUCAGCUGGCGUCUAGCCGUUGAAACAAACAACAUUCAGGACUGGACAUUAGUGCCUCUUCAAUGCGAAGAUUACGUCGGGCACUACAUGCUUGGCAAACAAUACCGCGACGACUGUUAUAAUAUAGUCGCCGCGGCUAUUCAGUAUGCCAAAUCUCUCAAAAUUGGUAAAGAUGUUUGGGUAUUUGAUAUUGAUGAAACUACUCUCUCUAACCUUCCUUAUUACGCUCGUUCUGAUGUUGCAUUUGGCUCCAUAAAAUACAACGCCACGAAAUUCGACGAGUGGACAAGAGAAGGAAAAGCACCAACAGUACCAGCAACUCUGUUUCUGUAUAAUACAUUGUUAUCUAUGGGUAUUAAACCAGCUCAUCUUGAAGUAAGCAUCUACUCAUACGAAGCGCUAGCUUUUUCUGUUUUUAAUGGCCUGCCUGAGAUAUUUGUUGUUGUGGGUACGUACAGGGGAGUAAAUGAUACAGGAUCAUCAAUGAAGUACAAGUCAAGGAAAAGAGCGGAGUUGGUGAAAGAUGGAUACAGAAUUGUUGGCAACAUUGGAGAUCAAUGGAGUGAUUUGCUUGGUGAUUAUGUUGGUCAGCGCACUUUCAAAUUGCCUGAUCCAAUGUACUACAUUGCUUGA